UUAUGUUUUGCUGCUCUAAUGCAAAAAAGAAAUCAGCGCAACCUACACAACUUAAACUAAAUCGGAGUUAGAAUUCGUUAGUAAUGAGUUUUAAUAUUCUAGGAUCAAACUUUGAAUAUUAAUGAUGAAGCUUUCACAUUUCAUACUACUAUGUAAAUCUAGCAUAUUAAUACAUUCUAAACUUAUAAGGUUACUUAAGACUUUUAAACUAUAAGGUAUAGUGUAGUUUUAUAAAUAGGAGUAGCAGAUCAAAUAGUAGAGGGACUAGAAAUAAUGAUCAUGUUGCAUAAACAGUUCUUAUUAAACCAUUAAGAAAGACUCCUUUUCUCACUUUCAACAAAAAAGGAACUGAUAAUACAACCAAAUACUUAUCUACAAAAUAAGGAUAUACACUUCUUGUUACUAGAACUUCUCAAUGAAUUUUAUC